AAAGAAAUCCGCCCAGACUGCUGUUUCACGUUCAUCAUCAAGUGCCGUAAGCGUUUCCUUUCUGUUAGAAGCUCAGUAGCUAAGUAGUAGUGUACAGGCAGGCGCAACUAGAAGAUGUACCACAAAUAGAGAGGAAAAAACUCUUAAUUGAGGUCUAUGGAGAAGAAAAGCAAAUUUUGGAAUUGAAAGCGGCUCCGAAUAAGAAGAAGUGCCGGUGAACAUUUACGUAGCCCAGGCUCCAUGGCAGAUGCCGUUUCAGGUUUUUUUGCGGGAAGAGGCUCAGCGAGAUAUCAAAAUUUCCAUUUCACUAUUCAUCUACAAAACUUUACAUUUGAGGAGUGUUUGGCUCGACAUCACAGCAAGCAAAUUGACAACGACCUGCGUUCGGCAUCGGAGUUAAGUCAAAUUUUAUAAUUUGCAGCACUUGCUUUCCGAGAAAACCUCAAACCGUCCGUUGUACGCGGCCUUCUUUAGUUAAUUAGUUUCGUGUAAACAGCCCUUCAAAUAACUGCGGUUUAGUUACGAAACCUCGAUAAGCAGUAACCGUAGUCAACCUCUCUCGCGAAAACACGGCAUAAAGUAAGUAACAACUUCUUUUUUUGUCUCACGAGUUUACCUGUGACUCAAUUCUGGCCAAAGUAAGUAAGUAAGUAAGUAACCAAUCCCCCCUCCCCCUCCCCUCUUCCGUUCCCCACUCUCCUCCCAGCCCUGGACACCCUGGGUAGAAUAUUAUCUAGGUCGUAGAGAGCAUGGGCUCGAGUGUAAUCAGUCUAUUUUAAUAUGGCGGCCACUGUUGGAUUGCUAUUGAAGUCGUUGUAGCUGGUUUUCAAGGAAUAUACAGUGGAGACAGCUAUCUUGAAAGCACAGUUGACAAGAUGCCUUGAAAGGAGAUCAAGUCCAACAUCCGCAAAGAUUGGUAUAAGUUUAAGCCAAUCAAAACCUACGUUGAUCAAUAUGACAACAAAGACACGAGGGAAGGAAUACGAACGCAAGAAUUGUGGCCAGUUGUUUGACCAAUUGUCAGCUUACAAGGAACAUGAACGAACUCACACAGGAGAGAAGCCGUAUACAUGCAAGUAUUGCAACAAGUGCUUUAGCCGAUCAUCAAAUUGCAAGCAACAUGAACGAACUCAUACAGGACAGAAGCCGUAUACAUGCAAGCAUUGUAACAAGUGCUUUAGCCGAUCAUCAACUUGCAAGCAACAUGAACGAACUCACACAGGAGAGAAGCCGUAUACAUGCAAAUAUUGUAAAAAGUGCUUUAACCACUCAUCAAAUUGCAAGCAACAUGAACGAACUCACACUGGAGAGAAGUCGUAUACAUGCAAGUAUUGUAAAAAGUGCUUUAGCCAAUCAUCAGAUUGCAAGAAACAUGAACGAACUCACACAGGAGAGAAGCCGUAUAUAUGCAAGUAUUGUAAAAAGUGCUUUAGCCAAUCAUCAGAUUGCAAGAAACAUGAACGAACUCACAUAGGACAGAAGCCGUUUACAUGCAAGUAUUGUAAAAAGUGCUUUAGCCAAUCAUCAACUUGCAGACAACAUGAACGAACUCACACAGGAGUGAAGCCGUAUACAUGCAAGUAUUGUAAAAAGUGCUUUAGACAAUCAUCAACUUGCAAGCGACAUGAAAGAACUCACACGGGAGAGAAGCCGUCUACAUUGAAGUAUUGUGAAAGGUGUUGCAGCCGAUUACAAAUUUGCAAGCAACAUGGACGAACUCACACGGGAAAGAAGCCAUAUACAUGCAAGUAUUGUAAAAAGACCUUUGGCCAGUCAUUAUUUUGCAAGCGACAAAAACAAGCAAUGGAUAGUUCUUUAAAACUAACGCAGCAUGGUCAGUGCCUAAAACAAAGAAAACAUCUUCCAGAGCCCACAAUAACUCGAAGUAGCAAAGAGUCUAGUGUGCUGGUUUCUUUGAGUGAAGAAAACCCAAGCCACGUUGAAGGCCUCACCUGUUGGAUUUGUCAGGAGGAAUUUAGUAGCAAGGCGUGUCUCAUCCAACAUUACGAUGAUCAUAUGAGAUAAAAGCGAUGCAUAUGCAAACCUUUUCAUUCUGUAAGCUUUAAACCUUAACCUCUCCUUCAUUUAUCAUUGUAUGUAGUGUUUGUGUAGGCUCACCUUGACAUAAUUUGUUUUGCCGAAGUUAGUCAGUGCUUGAACAAAUUUGAUAAGUUUGUUUAAGCGACAAAUAAAGCAAGCAGUGCCAUCGGCUGACGAAUCUUGAAUCUCCUCUUAUACCUGCCACAAACGUGACUUCCAGAGAACUCUCAUAUGUUAUUCCGUUUUCGACUGAAAGCAUCAAAUUUAGCGAAAAGGGUCUAUUAGCUGCUCUACCAAUUGAACCGCGUUACGUUUUCAAGUUAUGUAAAGCUCAAUGUUGUAAGGUUGAUAUAGAGUUUUAAUACUUGUUA